CUACCGAUUACUUCAGCAUAUCUCAACAUGCCUCCAAAAAGCGUCAAGAAAAUUGCAGCCGCAACAGCAUCAAGCUCUCGACCCCGCUUAGCAAGAGGCGCAAAAGUAAAGAAGCCCACCUUAGACAACGUUGCCCCACCACCACCACCACCCAAAAAGAAAGCAGCAAGACCAAAAGAACGACCUUCAUCCUCAACCCCCGAAGCAGAAGCAGAAGGAGACGACAUCGACGCCGCCCAUAUCAAACCUCCCUCGACGUCAAACUCAAAGCCAAAACCCACCCCCGAGAAAAAAACCCCAAAAACUACCGCGAAAAAAAUAACCAAGAAACCUACCUCCCAACCCAGGACAUAACCACCACCUCAAAAACCCAGCAGCCCUCCAGCACAAACACAAACACAAACCCCCACCUCCAUCCUGUGUCAAGUAAACACCCUCAUCACCCACUUCAACACCUCUAACAAACGCCUCCACGCAGCGCACAUCCGUACCCACUCCUCUAGCUCGGGCAAGACCUGUCCGCCAUUUUUCUGUCCCGGUCUGGAUCCCUUCGUUCCGCUUGCUGUUGGGGAUAUGUUUUCUGCUCCUAUUCCUGAUGUACCAUCGUGGUUCAACCCAAGGGAUGGGAAGGAAAAGGGAGGGGCGCUUUCGUGGUUCGGUUUGCCGCUGGGGUUGGAGAGGGAGUGUGCGUGUGCGUGUGCCCUCGAUGGGGGUGUGGAGGGGUCGCGCUGUGUGGCUGAUGAGGUAGAGAGGGAGAUGGAG